GGAAGACCUGGUCCACCUGGAAACCCAGGUAUAACUUUUUCAACUGAAGAAUCUGGAGAUAUAAUACCAGCUGUGCAGGGACCUAAAGGUGAUACUGGUGAAAGAGGGCCAUCAGGUGAAAGGGGUUUAGAUGGUGAACCGGGUAUACCAGGAGUACCAGGUUCGAUUGGACCACCAGGUAUCAUGGGUGUAAAGGGAGAUGCAGGUACUGAUGGAGCCAUGGGGCCAGUGGGACCACCAGGAAUGAAAGGAGAACCUGGAGCACCAGGAGUUGUUAUUGUACCCGACGGAAGUGAACAGAUUAUAACAAUUAAGGGUGAUAAAGGAGACAUGGGCAAAAGAGGAAGAAGAGGUAAACCAGGUCCCAGUGGACCUAUGGGACCACCAGGAAAACCAGGACCGGUUGGUGAAGUCGGACUGCCUGGAUGGAUGGGACGAAUUGGACCUUCAGGAUUGCCAGGAUCAAAAGGCGAAAAGGGUGAUCCGGGUAAUUAUGGGACGGAUCAUGGAGAAAAAGGCGAAAAAGGUGAUAAAGGAGACCAUGGGAAUGACGGUACUCCAGGUCGAGAUGGACAACCUGGACCCCCAGGUCCAGCUAGUGCGUCAGAUGAAGGCAUACGAUACGUUCCCGUACCUGGCCCCCCUGGUCCACCUGGACCACCUGGAAUGCCUGGAUUAAGAAUAGGAUCCAAAGACGAAGACAGCGGAGAUAAGUAUGGAGAACCCACUUACAAUCUUCGUCCUGGAGGGAAAAGUAGCCUGGAGGAAUUAAAAGCUUUACGUGAGCUAAAAGAUCUUAAAGAUAUAGGCAGGUCGACGGCAAGUCCUCCUACGUACGAGAUGCCGCAGCAUCAGGCUCUUACCGCUCACAUCGUUCCAGGCGCCGUAACAUUUAAGGAUCGCGAUGCCAUGCUCAAGAUGUCGGCUGUAAGUCCCGUCGGGACGCUGGCAUACGUCAUUGAGGAACAAUCGCUUUUGGUCCGUGUCAACAAUGGAUGGCAGUACGUCGCGAUGGGUUCCCUGUUGCCUGUAACAACAGCAGUCCCUCCAACAACUUCCAGCUCACAACUAAAUCCAGCUCUUGAAGCCAGCAAUCUCGUUAAUCAGCAGUCUAGUCCAGAAGGUCAACUUGUAAGUGUACAUUUUAUUAUUUUAAUAAAUAGUUAUAGAUGAA